CAGGCGCUCAGCUCCGUACCAGCCGUCCAGGGCCGCAGUCCGAACAAGCAGGUCGGGGCUUGUCUACCGGAAACCUGGGCUGGAGCCUGGAAGAGGGAGCUGGCCCCGAGCGGGAGCGGACGCGGCCUCAGGCCUGCGCGGUUUCCCUAACAGAAUAUUGAAGAAUGUUUGUUCCAAGAUCUCUAAAAAUCAAGAGGAAUGCUAAUGAUGAUGGCAAAAGUUGUGUGGCUAAGAGAAUUAAACCAGACGCAGAAGACCUUCAGCUGGACAAAAGCAGAGAUGUUCCCACUGAUGCUUUAGUUACAGAGGCAGCCACAAUACCAGACAGGCACAGCAGUGAAUCCUGCCUUCUCCCCAGCCCAGGUGGCCAGCUGGCAGAGGUUCAUUCUGUAGAUCCUGAGCAGGGUGUGAAGGACAGCCAUCCUUCUGAAGAGCCGGUUAAGUCAUUUUCCAAAACACAGCGCUGGCCAGAAGCGGGGGAACCCGUCUGUGUUGUCUGUGGUCGUUACGGAGAGUAUAUCUGUGACAAGACAGAUGAAGAUGUGUGUAGCUUGGAGUGUAAAGCAAAACAUCUUCUGCAAGUUAAGGAAAAGGAAGAGAAAUCAAAACUCAGCAAUCCACAGAAGGCUGAUUCUGAGCCAGAGUCUCCACUGAAUGCUUCCUAUGUGUAUAAAGAGCACCCCUUUAUUUUGAACCUUCAAGAAGACCAGAUCGAAAAUCUUAAACAGCAGCUGGGAAUUUUAGUUCAAGGGCAAGAAGUCACUAGGCCCAUUAUUGACUUUGAACAUUGUGGUUUCCCUGAGGUCUUAAAUCACAACUUGAAGAAAUCAGGCUAUGAGGUGCCCACCCCCAUCCAAAUGCAGAUGAUUCCUGUGGGACUUCUGGGAAGAGACAUUCUGGCCAGUGCAGAUACUGGCUCAGGAAAAACAGCUGCUUUUCUUCUUCCUGUUAUCAUGCGAGCUUUAUUCGAGAGGAAAACUCCAUCUGCACUCAUUCUUACACCAACCAGAGAGUUAGCCAUUCAGAUAGAGAGACAAGCUAAAGAAUUGAUGAGUGGCCUGCCACGCAUGAAAACGGUGCUUCUUGUAGGGGGCUUACCCUUACCGCCACAGCUUUACCGUCUGCAGCAACAUGUUAAGGUUAUCAUAGCAACCCCUGGGCGACUUCUGGACAUAAUGAAGCAGAGCUCUGUAGAACUCUGUGGUAUAAAGAUUGUGGUAGUGGAUGAAGCUGAUACCAUGUUAAAGAUGGGCUUUCAACAACAAGUACUUGACAUUUUGGAAAACAUUCCUAAUGAUUGUCAGACCAUUUUGGUUUCAGCCACAAUUCCAACUAGCAUAGAACAACUAGCAAGCCAGCUUCUGCAUAAUCCUGUGAGAAUUAUCACUGGAGAAGAGAACCUGCCUUGUGCCAAUGUGCGUCAGAUUAUUUUGUGGGUAGAAGACCCAGCCAAAAAGAAAAAAUUAUUUGAAAUUUUAAAUGAUAAGAAACUCUUCAAGCCUCCAGUGUUAGUAUUCGUGGACUGCAAACUAGGAGCAGAUUUGUUGAGUGAAGCUGUUCAGAAAAUCACAGGGCUGAAAAGCAUAUCGAUACAUUCGGAGAAGUCGCAAAUAGAAAGGAAAAACAUAUUGAAGGGAUUACUGGAAGGAGACUUUGAAGUUGUAGUGAGCACAGGAGUCUUGGGACGAGGCCUAGACUUGAUCAGUGUCAGGCUGGUUGUCAAUUUUGAUAUGCCUUCAAGUAUGGAUGAGUAUGUCCAUCAGGUUGGAAGAGUAGGAAGAUUAGGUCAAAAUGGAACAGCGAUUACUUUCAUCAAUAAUAAUUCAAAAAGACUCUUCUGGGACAUUGCAAAACGAGUAAAGCCCACAGGAUCUAUUCUUCCCCCCCAGUUAUUAAAUUCGCCAUACCUUCAUGACCAGAAGAGAAAGGAACAACAGAGAGACAAACAGACACAAAAUGAUCUGGUUACAGGAGCUAAUCUUAUGGAUAUUAUCAGAAAACAUGAUAAAAGUAAUUCUCAAAAAUGAUUUUCUCUGCCACUUGAAUUUUUUUAUUGUGUACAGUCAGCGAAAUUUCUGUAAAUUGUUACUGUAUGUAACACAAACUGUAUGUUUGUGUAAAUGGAAAUGUAUAUGAAGUAAGAAAUAUUUAAGAUUUUUUAAAUUUAAUAAAAUUUAUAUAACUAUAUUA